AUGAAGGUUGAUUACGAGCAAUUGUGCAAACUCUACGAUGACACGUGCCGCACAAAGAAUGUGCAGUUCAGUUACGGUACGGCCGGAUUCAGAACGCUGGCCAAGAAUUUGGAUACGGUGAUGUUCAGUACUGGUAUACUGGCGGUUCUCAGGUCGCUGAAGCUUCAGGGUCAGUAUGUGGGGGUGAUGAUCACGGCGUCGCACAACCCAUACCAGGACAACGGGGUCAAGAUCGUGGAACCAGACGGAUCGAUGCUUUUGGCCACAUGGGAGCCAUAUGCCAUGCAGUUGGCCAAUGCGGCCUCUUUUGCCACUAAUUUUGAAGAAUUUCGUGUUGAGUUGGCCAAGCUGAUUGAACACGAAAAGAUUGAUUUGAAUACAACCGUCGUGCCUCACAUCGUGGUUGGGAGAGACUCUAGGGAAAGUAGUCCAUACUUGCUGCGCUGCUUGACUUCCUCCAUGGCCAGCGUCUUCCACGCGCAAGUUUUGGACCUAGGCUGUGUCACUACGCCUCAAUUGCAUUACAUUACUGAUUUGUCCAACAGGCGGAAACUGGAAGGAGACACAGCGCCAGUUGCCACAGAACAGGACUACUAUUCGUUCUUUAUAGGAGCCUUCAACGAGCUCUUCGCCACGUAUCAGCUGGAGAAGAGGCUGUCUGUCCCAAAAUUGUUCAUAGACACAGCCAAUGGUAUCGGUGGUCCACAGUUGAAAAAACUACUGGCCUCCGAAGAUUGGGACGUGCCAGCGGAGCAAGUUGAGGUAAUCAACGACAGGUCCGAUGUUCCAGAACUGUUGAAUUUUGAAUGCGGUGCGGAUUAUGUGAAGACUAACCAGAGAUUACCCAAGGGUCUUUCUCCAUCCUCGUUUGAUUCGCUAUAUUGCUCCUUUGAUGGUGACGCAGACAGGGUUGUGUUCUACUAUGUCGACUCAGGAUCAAAAUUUCAUUUGUUGGAUGGUGACAAAAUUUCCACUUUGUUUGCAAAGUUCUUGUCUAAACAACUAGAAUUGGCACACCUAGAACAUUCUUUGAAGAUUGGUGUUGUGCAAACUGCCUAUGCAAACGGCAGUUCCACCGCUUACAUAAAAAAUACGUUGCACUGUCCCGUGUCUUGCACUAAGACAGGUGUUAAACACUUGCAUCAUGAAGCUGCCACUCAGUACGAUAUUGGCAUUUAUUUCGAAGCAAAUGGACAUGGUACGAUUAUAUUCAGCGAAAAAUUUCAUCGAACUAUCAAAUCUGAAUUAUCCAAGUCCAAGUUAAAUGGUGAUACGUUAGCUUUGAGAACUUUGAAGUGUUUCUCUGAAUUGAUUAAUCAGACCGUGGGAGAUGCUAUUUCAGACAUGCUUGCUGUCCUUGCUACUUUGGCGAUUUUGAAAAUGUCGCCAAUGGAUUGGGAUGAAGAGUAUACUGAUUUGCCCAACAAGCUGGUUAAGUGCAUCGUUCCUGAUAGGUCAAUUUUCCAAACCACGGACCAGGAAAGAAAAUUGCUCAAUCCAGUGGGGUUGCAAGACAAGAUAGAUCUUGUGGUAGCCAAGUAUCCCAUGGGAAGAAGCUUUGUCAGAGCCAGUGGUACGGAGGAUGCGGUGAGGGUUUAUGCGGAAUGUAAGGACUCCUCUAAGUUAGGUCAAUUUUGUGACGAAGUGGUGGAGCACGUUAAGGCAUCUGCUUGA